CCUCAACGUAAUGGAAAUCAGAUCUAAUAACCGACGGAUAAAUGAAUCAAAACACCUUAGAAGAAAAGUAGUUUUUGUCGAUCCAGACGACCCUGAUGCUCCACACUGGUGGCCGGCCUUAGUUGUUCCGCGAAAAGAAAUAGAAAUAUUUAAACAAAAAAUGGACAAUGACGUUCAGUAUCCAGGUGAAGGAGAAAGCCUAGUUUGUUAUUUCGAAGAUGGUUCUUAUUCUAUAGUACCAGAAAAGGAUCAAAAGCCAUUUGACCCAAAAAUUGAACCGUAUACAACUUAUAUGGAGGGUUCAAAUUCUGAAGCCUUUCAAAAAGACAAAGCUGUUACUUUGGCAACGCUUUAUUUUGAAAAGGGUGUGGUACCUCCCGUGUUUAAGUGGAUUCGUAAUGAGGAUACCUCUGGUGCUAAUGUAAGCACUAGUAUCCCCGGUUCUAAUGGGAAUAAUUUGUCUGAUGGUCCUAAUGCUGGGGACGAAGAUUCUACCAUUGUUACGAAAAGACACGUACGAAAAGAAAGUGCUAAUAAUGGU